GGAGUUCACACUUCUUGGUGGGGCUGAGCUCCAUAUCAACUGGCUCACAAGCUCCAAAUAAGGCUCAUCCUGCAUUGUUUCCGUUUACGAGCUCCAUCAUAAGCAUGUGGAAGAACUCAUAAAGCGCAAGGGAUCCUGCCCCUUGGGGCCCUUUCGAGCAGUUUUGCUUCUUUAUUUUGAUACUUUUGUGCCUGCAGACACUUCCACAGUAGCUAUAUACUAGCUAUAUUGACUUCACUAUGCUGGCCCUCAGUAUUGUCUUGUAUGCCCUAUUGGGCACCUCCUUGGCCUUUGCCAUCAUCGAGCUGGGCCUCUCGGGUUUCAUUACUGCCGCAUAUUCUGGCACGCAAGAAGUCACGACCUGGAGCGCAUAUUCGGGAUAUUCGUACAAUCAAGUCAAUGUGAACCCUCCGGCUAUACUCGUCUUCCUUGUCUUCUCUUCAGUCUGGACUAUUCUUGUGACAGUCGCCGCCCUAAUACUGCCCUGGUACUAUGCUCGCAAGGGCUUCGUGACCGCAAAGCUCAACACUGUCCUCGCCGCUAUCUUCGUGGCCAUUUACUUCGUCACUAUGGUAUUUUGGCUGGCAUGCUUUGCUGACCUUGCCUCUCUCCUUGGUGGUGGUACUAGUACAAGCUCCUACUACAAUGCCGUGCUUGCCUUUGGCGUGCUCCUUUGGCUACUCUUUGUUGCCCUCGUCGUAUUCACCAUUCUUGCUAUGUGUGGUGUUUUGGUGUCUGACUGGGCUGGGUACCAGUCUCUCAGGAAGGAGGACAGAGUUGGUGCGCACCAGACUAGUGCUGGCCCUGCUCACGAAGUCCCGAUGACCGAACAGCCAAUCGCUUAGCCCUUCCUCGCCCUCGCCCACCGUGUGGAACUGAGCAGCACACAGGUCUGCAUGAAAUCAGUUUAGCAUAAUCGCCGC